AUGAAAAGUGCAUGUGCCAAGCCUCCACCAGCCCCACUGGUCUCAGAUCUACUUUCUGUGCCAAUUCCUGAACAAGAGCUACUCCAAGAGCCUGUACUAGUUCCCGUGCUAGAGCCACACCAAGUACCCGUACUUUUUCCUAAGCCAAAGCUGCCACCAGAACUUUUAUCAGUUGAAUAUAAACCAGGUGUGGUAACUGAACGUAAACCAUGUAUUUCCGUUGCAAUUGAAUAUAUACCAGGUGUGGUACCUGAACGUAAACCAUGUAUUUCCGUUGCAGUUGAAUAUAAACCAGGUGUGGUACCUGAACGUAAACCAGGUAUUUCCGUUGCAGUUGAAUGUAAACAAGAGCCUCCGCCAGCCACACCGGUCUCAGAUCUACUUCCUGUACCAGUUCCUGAACCAGAGCUACCCCCAGAGCCUGUACGGGUACUAGUUCCCGUGCUAGAGCCACACCAAGUACCCGUACUUUUUCCUAAACCAAAGCUGCCACCAGAACUUUUACCAGUUGAAUAUAAACCAGGUGUGGUACCUGAACGUAAACCAGGUAUUUCCGUUGCAGUUGAAUGUAAACAAGGUUUGGCAGUUGAAGAAGCUGAUUCGAUUGGAAUUUUUUAA